CCGCCGGGCGCGGCGGGAGGAUGUCGGCGCGCGCAGCGCGUGCGUCGCCCCCUGCCCCCCCCGCGCCCCCCGCCCCCCGCCCGGGGGGGGACCCUCGCGCCCAGGGGAAGCCCCGCGCGGGGCGCCCGCCGCCCGCCCCAGUCCCUCCGCCUCCCGGAGGCCCGGGGCUGCCUCUUCGGGCCGCGCUGGGGCCGCCCCGCACUGCGCAUGAGCGGGAGCCCGGCGAGCCCGUGAGAGGAGCCGCCGCCGCCGCCGCCGUCCAUUCGCUGCGGAGCCGGAGGAGGAGGGGAGAGGCCUGGAGGACACCAACAUGAACAAGUUGAAAUCAUCGCAGAAGGAUAAAGUUCGUCAGUUUAUGAUCUUCACACAAUCUAGUGAAAAAACAGCAGUAAGUUGUCUGUCUCAAAAUGACUGGAAGUUAGAUGUUGCAACAGACAAUUUUUUCCAAAAUCCUGAACUUUAUAUACGAGAGAGUGUAAAAGGAUCAUUGGACAGGAAGAAGUUAGAACAACUAUACAAUAGAUACAAAGAUCCUCAAGAUGAAAAUAAAAUUGGAAUAGAUGGUAUACAGCAGUUCUGUGAUGAUCUGGCACUGGAUCCAGCCAGCAUUAGUGUGUUGAUCAUCGCGUGGAAGUUCAGAGCAGCAACGCAGUGCGAGUUCUCCAAACAGGAGUUCAUGGACGGCAUGACAGAAUUAGGAUGUGACAGCAUAGAAAAACUAAAGGCCCAGAUACCCAAGAUGGAACAAGAAUUGAAAGAACCAGGACGAUUUAAGGAUUUUUACCAGUUUACUUUUAAUUUUGCAAAGAAUCCAGGACAAAAAGGAUUAGAUCUAGAAAUGGCCAUUGCCUACUGGAAUUUAGUGCUUAAUGGAAGAUUUAAAUUCUUAGACUUAUGGAAUAAAUUUUUGUUGGAACAUCAUAAACGAUCAAUACCAAAAGAUACUUGGAAUCUUCUUUUAGACUUCAGUACAAUGAUUGCAGAUGACAUGUCUAAUUAUGAUGAAGAAGGAGCAUGGCCCGUUCUUAUUGAUGACUUUGUGGAAUUUGCACGCCCUCAAAUUGCUGGGACAAAAAGUACAACAGUGUAGCACUAAAGGAACCUUCUAGAAUGUACAUAGUCUGUACAAUAAAUACAAUGGAAAAUUGCACAGUCAAUUUCUGCUGGCUGGACUGAACUGAAGAUCAAUCCUCACAAUUCAGACUGAGGGUUGAGACAAAACUUUAAGGAUACAUCUUGGACCAUAUCGUAUUUCAUUCUUCUAAUGGUGGUUUGGGCUUGUCUUCUAGUCUGGGCCGCUCUAAACAUUUAUUAUUCCAACAUUGUGGAUUUCAUCUUAUAUCUGUGGACCAUCCUAGUUUAUUCUCCCAUAAGUCUUAGAAGCUUUAUGGUGAUUUUUUUGAAGUUUCCAUUCUUGCAUAAAGCACAAUGCUGUCUUCAUCAGAAAACAGUUUGGCAUAAGAAUUAAACAUGUGAACAUCACAAUUUAUAAAAACUUCUUAAAUAUAUGCUUUGGGCUAGUUGCAAAGACUAUGCUGAUAGCACUUCCAGUGAGAGUGAUAUAUUUAAGUGUACCAGAUCUGGAAUGGUGUUUUGGUAUGGGGGGAUUUUUUUUUUUUCCUGGCAAAUCACAUGUAUUGUUAACGUGAGUAGAGUAUCUGUUGAAAAAAAAGUCAAAAUAACCAACGUGAAAAAUUUUUAGUAUAACUUGGUGUGCCUACCCAAAAUUUUACUGUGUUUUAGACCCUCGAUUUCAGAAGGUUCCACAGAACUAGUCUGCACUUAUCUUACCCAUGUUUAUAUAUAGUUGUCUUACAGGGGGUUUUAUUUAGAAAAACAUCUGCAUAAUGUUAGAUUCUACUCCUGUCUACAUUAUGCACUCCAUAAUUGGAUUUCAUUAUGAUUUUGAAACGCUUAUAUGCCUGUCGAGUAAGUUAAACUAUUUAAUUUGUUUUGAAUGUUUUAGAUUGCUACAUAAUACAAUAUUCUAAAUUUAGGCAUGAGGGUUUAUUUUUGUUUUUUGGGUUUUUUUUGGUCAGCGCACUAUGGAACACAAAUGAAAUUCUCUUAAUUUAUAAGAAGAUAGUAGGAAUUAAAUUUUGAAAAUGGUUGUAAUGAGCCAUAAAGUUCAAUUCUUAUAGGUACUGCUCUUUCAGACAAAUAGUCCAUUUUUGAUGACUUCUUAUUUUGUUGAAAUUGCUUUAACUGCUAAUCACUGUGGUUGCCAAAUAUUUCAGGAGCAAAGAUUUUCAAGCAGGCAUGCACUUGAUGCAAAGUACCAGUCUGGCUUCUAUUUUCAUAAAUUAUUUAAUUUCUACUGUUCUUUGUUUCACUCAGAUUAGCUCAGUUUUCACAUCAAAGCAGAACUCUGUCUUGUAUGUUUUUUUUUUUCUUCAUUACGAGACCCAUGAACUGCUUUCAUGCUGAAAAUGCUCAUUUCUUUGUUCACUUCUUGACCUGUGAAGAAGGGUUUAUUGCUUUCUUAAACAUUUCUAUAAGGCAGGUUAAAAAAUGUAAAAUUUCAGAUAUUGGAUGACUGGUUUUUAGCAGGAGUAGAUUUUGCUUGGUGUAUCCAGGCACUCUAAGUUCUAAUGUUGAAAUUAUCAAAGGUAUGUACUUCAGAAUAGCAGUACAUUAUAAGGUAUAUGGGGAAAUGAUUUUAAGAAACAAUGAUAUAUUAAAACUUUUUAUUUACAUGAUUUUGAAAUUGACUAGAAAGCUUUCCCCAUAGAUAUUAAUAUUCUAAUCAUAACUUUAAUUCAAGAAUAUGAUUCUAUCAAAAGAAAAUUUUGAAAAUUUCUAUUCAGGUUACUGGAAUUGGUUAUUAAAAAAAGAAAAGAAAAAAGAAGAAUCCUGCUGCUUUCAGUAUUUCCUGAUUUCAUAUUUGUAAAUAUUAAGAGGAACUUCAAUUAUGAAAAAUUUUAAAAAGAUAUAUAUAUAUAAAUGUACUAUUUUGUUUCCUGUCUUGAAGAUUUUGAGUUAUGGUAUUGUUUUUGAAUUGAUUAAUUAAUUCCGGUAUGCUGUGUUUGGAAAUGAGAUCCGAUUAGCUUUUUUUCCCCAAUAUAAAUUGUUUUUCAUAAAAGUCUGAUAUUGAUUCGUGGCCUAGUGCCUUGGGUUUUACAGACUUUUCCUUUUAAAUGCAAGACCUUUUCAACAAAAUAGUGUUUGUCAUCAGUUUGGUACUAAACAUUUAUAAUUACUAUGUAAUUAUAAACAAAAAAAUACAUAAAGCUUUGAAUAUAAUCAUGUAGCAUAAAAGUUAAGGUUGUUAACUCUAUGAUGGCAUCUUAGAAUUAAACAAUACUAUUACUAGGGCUGAAAAGAGAAGACUGAUUUAAUGUGGUGUGGUUAUUCUGAGGAUACAUGUCUGGUUACAGGGAAUAUUUUGUACUAAAAAUGCUUACACAUAAUGGCCGUGUGUGUGUGAGUGUGUGUGAAAGAGAGAGAUUGACAGAUUGAAAGAGACACACAUGCUCACACACACACACACACACACACAACUUGAAUUGCUUUAAUUCAUUAGUGUUUCAGUCUUCAUUCUGGUAAACUCCCCAUGCUGAUUCUUUGUUUUAAACUGAACCACAGGUACAGUUUCCUUUUUGCCAAAUGUCAAAACAGGUACACAUUUUACAAUGUAAUGCUUUUUAAAUAGUAAAGUGUAUAAAAUUAGAAGUGCCCACAUAUAAAAAUACUUGAGAUCAAGAUUAUCUUUAGUGACUAUCAUCUGCAUAUCUCUGUAAGUUCAAUUGUGUUUCUUACAUCCCUGUCAUAUUAUCAACAGAGGCAAUAAAAGCUUCAGUGAAAUUGCCAUGACUAAAUCUUUUCACAUAUUAUUUCAGUGUAAUACUUUUAAAGACUAAAAUAUAUCGGAAAACUUUUCCAGAAAGGAUAAUUAUUUAUGGAAAGAGCAUUAUAAUGGCAAGUUUUGGGGAGAAAAGACAUGCCAAGUCUUGUUUACUACAUUUAAAAUGUUUACAACUAUACUGGGCUGCUUUAUUUAAUUAACAGUACUGUAGUUGUGUAAUACGGCUUUGUAAGUAUGUGUUCUUCAUUAGACUUUUAAAAAGUUUUAAUGAGAGAAAGAAAACUUAAUAAAAUAACAUGGGAAAUCUUUUAUAUAAUAUGCUUACUGGGGAAUUCUUAUUUAAGCAAGGUAUACUAUUUUUUUUCCUCAGAAAGAUUUAAGUGAAUGAAGUGUUCAUCUAUUUUUUAUUUGACGAUAAUCAAGAGGUUUGAGUAGUUGUAGCCAGUUUAAUGUGCACUUUGCUUAGAUUUUUUAAAACAUGUUACGAUGAAGACUACGUAUUGUAAACCUUCUGUAACUUUUACGUGUGAAUGACAGAAGAAAGUUAAACGUAAUGAAAGAAUUUUGGAAUAAAAAAAGGAAAGUGGUGCUGGGGAAAUUUAUUAUAGUUCACGAAGUAUGCCUUUGUAAACCUGAAUCAACUUUUAGCAAGAAUUAAUUUAUGGAGUUCUAAAUGUUAAAUUGUGUAUAUUUAAUAGACAAUACUUACUUGACACCUCAGCAGUUUUCUUUAAAUGUUACUUUAUACUUUUAACAAUAUGAUUUAUAUUGCAUACAUAGAUGUUUUGAUAAGAUUUUAUCAAAUUUGAUAAUGUAAUGAUAAAAUGUUUUUAAAAUGUGAACUAUUUAACAUAUAACUUAAUAUCUGAGGACGCAAUACCUGAAUUGUGAUUUCUACAUAAUGUGAUAAUUAGGGUUCAAAUUAUGGCUCAUCAUUUAAUUGAUUAUAAACGAGUAUAUUUCUGAACUCUUUACUUGCCUCCAUUUUUACAAUCAUAUAGCAAUAAUUUCUAUUUUUAUUUUAUAGAAAUGUGGUGAAGUUAUAUAUCAUGAUACCUUUACCUUUGAUUUCUGAAGGGGAAGGGGUUUAUAUUUUGUAGUUGAUAAAUUUGAAAAUUCCUAAUAGUACAAAUCCCCUUUUCCAGGUUUACCCUUACUAUUUGUCCCUAUUUUGGUUGAAUAUUUGCUUGAUUUGUACCUGAUUCUGGAGGCAGAUAGUCCUGUUUUUUUUUUUUUUUCUCAAUUCAUAAUACAGUUACAUAAAUGGUU